AAAUCAGAAAAAGAAGGACAGCUUUCGAAGAAAACAGUAAACAAGAAAAGCCGUUUACUCGUUUCCGUUUUCAGACUGUUUAGAGAGGAAGGGGGAAAAAAAAGGAAAAUAAAAACAAAAAACAAAAAAAUCAAAGCAUUGUACGGACAGCUUUCAGAUCUGCAGGUUUAAAAGAGUUGGUUUUUGCUUUAAUGAAGUGAAACAUUGAAAUCCCAAAGCAAGAAAAAAUAAAAGUAAACGGGAGGAAAAAUGAUCCGCGUCGUUUUGGGAUGAGCAAGUGGCAUUGAAUUUUGACCCUUUCCAGAAGGCAGGCAGGCAGACGAGUAGCAAUGGAGUCAGAAACGGCGUCGUCGGCAGAUGAACAGCAAGGGGCUGGUUCAGCAUCUGAUACCAGAGGCAAGCAUCGGAUUCUUGCUGAACUCAAGCGUGUCGAGCAAGAAUCCAAGUUCCUCGAGGAUGAGAUGGAAGAGCUUGAGGGAACAGAUAAUGUAUCAACAUUGUGUGAGGAGUUGCUGCUUAGCAUGGAGACCAGACCUGAUCCCCUACUCCCACUAACAAACGGUCCUAUAAACCCAUCAUGGGAUAGAUGGUUUGAAGGGCCCCAAGACUCACAAGGUUGCAGAUGCCAGAUUCUCUGAUUUGAGGCGAUCUAACAUUGGUUGCCAAGAUAUGUUACAUAACAGACAUGUUAACAUGUUACAGCUCAAUUGUUAUCUUAACAAAUAUUCAAUUGACUCUUUCCACAGUGUGCAAUACCAAAUUUUUUUGGAUGGCUCGAAUUGAAUGUACAAUUUACUUUUUAUGUUGGGAUUAAAUUUUUAUAUCAAAUACAUCUACUGCAGAUAUGAACUUCCAAACA